AGAAAUUGUGCAGUGCACGCCAAUCAACUCUAAAAUCGAAGUAUUUGGGAGGGGGGAAAAAAAGACUCUGAAAUCAAAGUAUUCAUAUUAGGGGGAGUGAUCGUUGCAGGUCUCGGAUUGUGUGGUCAGGAAUUGCACAAGUUUCCGCCGAAUAGCAACCACCUCUUGAUGUCAAAAUCACGCUCUUCCGCUCUUCCUCUUCCGUUCAGUCACGACACCUAACCAAUUUCUUUACUCUUACUAGCACCCAGCAAUUUAUCUCCUUCAUCUUUCUUCUUCAGCUUCCGAACCUAGUUAAUCAUGGCUCUGGUGAAUCCGUUUCAAACUUCUCUGGUUUUUCGUCUUUCCUAUCCGCCAUCCAAGCAAAAUUCACCACCGGUACUUCUUUGCUCUCUCUCGUCACAACCCUUCAAACCAUUAUCAGCGAGAGGGAAGCAUGCAAGGUGUGGCGCCAUCGCGGAUGUUAAAGCUGUUCCUUCGCUUGGUCACAACGAUGAGGAAGAUCACAAGGUUCUUGUGGGACCUUCCGGUGACGAAGAGCUCAGAGGUGAUCGGGCCGUUGCGGAUUACGACUGGACAGAAGAAUGGUACCCCCUGUACCUUACUCAGAAUGUGCCCGACGAUGCGCCCCUGGGUCUCAAAGUGUUUGAUAAGCAGCUUGUGUUGUUCAAGGACGGGAAUGGCGAGCUUCACUGUUACGAAGAUCGCUGCCCUCACAGGUUAGCGAAGCUAUCUGAGGGCCAAUUGGUUGAUGGAAGGCUUGAAUGCCUAUACCAUGGUUGGCAAUUCGAAGGCGAAGGGAAAUGUGUGAAGAUACCUCAGCUUCCAGCUGAUGCCAAGAUCCCUCGUUCAGCUUGUGUUAAAAAAUACGAGGUGAGGGACUCUCAAGGAGUCGCCUGGGUGUGGAUGUCUCGAAAGACUUCUCCAAAUGUUGAUAAACUACCAUGGUUUGAGAACUUUGCUAGGCCAGGGUUUCAAGAUGUGUCAACAACUCACGAACUCCCUUAUGAUCACUCCAUACUUCUUGAAAACCUGAUGGAUCCUGCUCAUAUCCCUAUCUCACAUGAUAGAACAGACUGGACUGCCAAAAGAGAGGAUGCGCAGCCGCUGCGUUUUGAGGUAACUGAACGGACUGAAAGAGGAUUUGCAGGUUGGUGGGGCAGAGAGAAAGAUGGGUCUAUGCCUAACUUUUUACGGUUUGAAGCUCCGUGUGUUCUCCAAAAUAACCGGGAAAUUGUCGGCAAAAAUGGUGAAAAGCACUACUUCACAGGUCUCUUCCUCUGUACGCCAACAGGGCAAGGUAAAUCCUUGCUCACAGUAAGGUUUGGAGGAACUAAAAGAUCCCCACUAAUAAAACUGUUCCCCAAAUGGUACUUCCAUCAGAAUGCAAGCAAGGUGUUUGAGCAAGACAUGGGAUUCUUAUCAUCUCAAAAUGAAAUUCUAUUGAAAGAAAAAGUUCCAACAAAGGAACUAUACCUUAAUCUGAAAUCUUCAGACACAUGGGUUGCCGAAUACAGGAAGUGGAUGGACAGGGCAGGACAUGGGAUGCCAUAUCAUUUUGGCUACAGCACCAUUUCAUUGCCAAAGGAGCCCGCCGUGGUUGAACACGCCCCUGCCGGACUUGUUGCCGGGCUCUCAGCUUCUUCCCCUGCUAAGGGAGGCAAUGGAAGCAUGCAUGCUCCAAACUUGGCUAAUAGAUAUUUCAGGCAUGUAAUACAUUGCAAAGGGUGCAGAAGUGUUGUGAAAGCUUUCCAGACUUGGAAAAGUGGACUUUCGGCUGUGGCUAUUGCCUUGGUUGCGUUUGCAAUCCUGGCAACUGGGAGACAGUGGAAGGCCCUUCUGUUGGUAUUGGCAUCCAUAUGCUCAGUAGGAGUCUACGCAUGUUCAACCGCCAUAGCAAUGAAUACUACGAAUUUCAUCAGGACACACAGGAGACUCUGAUAGAUUAAAUGUUACAAAUUCUCUUAUUGCACUUCUAUACAUCUCACAUUUAGCAGUUUGUUGAAAUAUAUUGUUGCUUGCCACCCUA